UGCCACUUCCCUUAAAUGUCACGUGAAAUCUUUUGCAGAGGAAACUGGAUUGGCUACGCCCCCUACAAGCGGGGACGGCCCUGCAGCCAGUGCCCACCGAAGUACGGCGGGCGCUGCGCCAACAAUCUAUGCACAAUGCAAGGCACUCUGGAGGACUAUGGGAUCAUGAUGGACCCUGAAGACGAGGAAGAGUUCAACACAAUCGAGACUUACAAUGGCGACAACAGUUUAGAUCGUAAUGAUAACAGGGGCCAGGAGUCUCAAAUGACAGCAACCACUCCUGUGCCAACCACAACUACUACAACCCCAGAACCUACAACAACAACUACAACAACCCCAGAACCUACAACAACAACGACGACUCCUGAGCCAACGACCACAACAACUACGACAACACCAGAGCCAACUACGACAGUCCCCGAACCAACUACGACUAUCGCUCCCCUGACAACAGCUAAACCCACCACAGCGCGGCCUACCGAGGCAGCUGAGAACGACAGAAGGGUGGGUCAGGUGUCCGAAGGCCUUACGGAAGAGGAGGGAGACGACUCAGUAUAUGGCCAGAGUCAAGGGUCUGAUCCCAGAAGUCGGAACAGAGACAGUAACAGAAACAGGGACAACCAGGUGGCGGAGACGUCAUACCGCAGAAGCAAUUACGUCACUCCCCGCACGAAGCUCUCCACGGAGCCGGAGUCGAGGGAGGUGUCAAGCCAGGAGUUUUUGGUGCGAAAAGCUACUUGUAGGACUAAAAUAACUGAAUGCAGGGAGGAACCAUGCAUCAGAUACCGCUGCCCUGCCAACUGUGGGUACAUCGGUGACGAGGUGAUCGGGACGCUGUGGUAUGACGCGAGAACCAGCGUCUGCCAGGCCGGGGUACACUACGGAGCUGUCACCAACUCAGGAGGGCUGGUUGACGUCACCAAUAAGGACCAGAUCCCGUUCUUCACAGGCUCCUACCGGUCCGGAAUAACCUCCAUUGGGACUUUGACGCCGGCAAGAGCAUUCAUGAUCAGCAGAGUUGGAGUCAUGCAGGCCGACUGUCGGACAACGGUUGACCAGUAUUGCCCCUACCGGGGAAGGCCGAUACACUGCCCCAGGUUCUACUGCCCGCCAUCCUGUGCGUCCUAUCAGUACGCUCGUGUAUAUGGUACAGGCACGUACACUGACAAUUCUAGUAUCUGUCGAGCUGCAAUACACGCCGGGGUGUUGCAGGACUAUGAGGCUGGUUAUGUCGAUGUCUGGGCGAGAAAGGGGAGCACUUCCUACAGGGGAAGCAGUCAGAACGGCGUCACGUCAGAAAACUAUGGCUACGAGACAGGGAGCGCUUUCAAGGUGUUUAAAGUGGAAUGAGCAUUCAGUUUGUAUAUACUCAUACAUGUGUAUUAUAUUCAAAUGUUUCGGCUGGUACCAUCAAGACUAGACUAAGUCUCAUUACAGUGUUUGAUCAUACCAUAGAAUAUAAAUUUAGAAAGCACAAUAUUGGAGGAAACAAUACUUGAAUAUACAUUUUUGCAGUUGCAUUAAGGAUCUAGCUGAGUGGUAAAACUGUACCAUAGACGGCAGUAAAAAGAUUUACACAUAUGCCUUGAGGUUUCCUGAUCUGUGUAUGAUAACCUUGAAUCAUACCUCUAUUCCUAGGAUGUGACAUUGGAUGUAGGACAAAUCUCAAGGUUAUUGAUUCUUAUUGGCAAUGUAUGGGCUGGUAACAAUUACUAGGUAUAUUUAUAAACAUAAGAAAUAUAAUUGUUCAGAUACUCUAGAAUGCAAAUCUAAGGGACUUAGAGGCUAUGAAUAGCUUGGAAUGGUUACAUAUUGCGGUGCAUGUUCACCCCAUUCUCCCAUACAGAGCCUUGAUCUCAGCCUUUGCAGUAACUGUAUACCUUGGGGAGUCUCUGCUUACCAGGGGUGAGGUUUCCAGUUUAGUGGGCAUGGCCUCUUUCCUGCAGUCAGCCAAUCAGAGAGUUGCCUUGAUGUUUUAUUCUGCAAAGUUAAAUCUCUGGUAGGCUGAACGCUGGUUAGAGGCCAUGUGCGCAAAGGUGGAAACGAGCUGAUAUAGGCUGUGAGUCAUGCUAUGUAUAGGAGAAUGCUUAAAUACCAUUUCUCCUGAGUUGUAACAUUUCCCAUGUGAUUUGAAGAUCCUCAGUCUAUGUUCAGAAUGGUGUAGGCUUAAGGCUAUAUCAACUGUAUAAAGCUGUUGCAGUAGAACAUAGAAAGUACACAUUAAACAAUAUGAUAUCAUAUAACA